CGAAGAAGAGGUGACAGCCAGAGAGACUCGUAUCAUAACACAUCUGCAUGGUAACGUGUUGAUGUUGUCGGUCUCCGUACACACGGCAGCAUGUGCAGAGGAAGAGAAGGGACGGGCGGUCAGUGAACGCCUCACCAGAAUGCCUGCUCGGACCCUGCAGGAGCUGGUGUCCACCGCAGCGUCCCUGCACGCUGGCCGGGUGGCUGUCCUGUAUGACAGCGGCUCAGGCUCCGGGUCUCUGCUCUACAGAGAAGUGGCCCAGCUGUCCCAGGAGCUCUCCGCUGUGUUACGGAGGAGCUGCCCUAGCAGCGGUGUCAUCGGUCUGUACUGCCGCGACGAUCUGCUGCUCCCUGUCUGGAUUCUGGGGAUCCUGCAGAGCUCCGCUGCUUAUGUCCCUCUGGACCCAGAGGCUCCGGGACUUGUCUCCUCCAGAGUGAUGAGUCGAUGCGGCCUCCAGCACUGCGCUGUAAAGGAGGACCUUGUGCAGCGAUUCCAAGAAACUCUUGACGAUCACGUCGCUGUGGAGGUUUGUAUGGAGCUGCCUCAGUUCAGGCUAACCUUGGUGCGCGUGGCGCCCCGUCCCGUCGCUAAGGACGGCCCUCAGGGACCUCAGGGAGCGGGCGGCUGUGAUCCCUGGGCUACAGCUGUUCCCCUAAAGGACGCAGGGCGCCCGGACCUGGCGUAUGUGCUGCACACAUCUGGAACGACUGGUCCUCCCAAGACCGUGAGGGUACCACACAGGUGUAUUGUCCCCAAUAUACUUCACCUGAGAUCUCUGUUCCAGAUGAGCCCAGAUGAUGUGGUUUUCCUCGCCUCCCCCUUGACGUUCGAUCCCUCCGUGGUGGAGCUAUUUCUGGCCUUGUCCUCGGGGGCUCAGCUCCUCAUGGUCCCUGCAGUCAUCAAGAAGAUGCCCAGUCGACUCGCCCAGCUGUUGUUCAAAGAUCACAGAACUACAGUUCUUCAGGUCACGCCCACUCUGCUGAUGCGUUUCGGUCGUCGUAUCCUGAAACAGGACGUGCUGUCGUCUACAUCCUCGCUGCGGGUGUUGGCUCUGGGCGGAGAGGCCUGUCCGUCUCCGGCUCAGCUGAGGAGCUGGAGACACGAGGACAACAAAACCUGCCUCUACAACAUCUACGGCAUCACAGAGGUGUCCUGCUGGGCCUCCUGCUGCAGGAUACCAGAACCUCUGACGGCGUCCUCUGUGGCCCUCGGGACUCCCCUGAUGGACACAGUGGUGGAAGUGAGGGAUGAAGACGGCUGCGUGGUCACACAGGGUGAAGGACAGGUGUUCAUAGGUGGAGAGGACAGGGUGUGUCUCCUGGAUGGUGAGGACACCGUUGUCCCCGGGACAAUGAGAGCAACAGGAGACUGGGUGAACGUCAAAGACGCUGAGCUGCACUAUCUGGGACGGAAAGACCGAAUGGUUAAACGCAACGGGAAGCGGCUGAACUUGGACAGCGUGCAGCAACUGAUCCUGAGUCUGCCUCGGGUGGAAGCCUGCGCUGUGGGUCUCCACGAAGGCGUCCGACUCCUUGCCUUUGUGGUGGCCUCCACCAGUGAAGCUCGUGACCACCAGGGUGAGGCGGACGGUGCAGACGGCGAUCUGCAGAGGUCCGUCCUGAAGCAGCUGUCCCCGCUGGUGCCCUCUCACUGCAUCCCCGACACGGUGGUGCUCGUCCCGGCUUUAUCCCUGACUCCUCACGGCAAAGCAGACAUGAAGGCUCUGAUGAGGAUCUAUGAAAAACAGAGAGAGUGGUUAAGGCCUUCACGGCUUGAGGUCGGAGGAAUAAAGCAAACUCUACGGACUCUCUGGCAGGACGCGUUAGGCCUCCCUGCGGACGCGUCCGUUGAUGAGCAGUCCAACUUCCUGUACAGUGGGGGGGACUCUCUGAAGGCCCUGCGUCUCUGUGAGGACAUCCUCGCUGCCGUGGGAGUGUCGUCUCCGCAACUCCUGGAGGUCAUACUGGACGGGUCCUUCUCGGAUGUCCUGCACCUUGCAACGCAGAUGCUGCCGGAGCGGCACGGCUCCUCGCCGUCGUCCAGGAAGCGGGCCGCCGAUCUACCGGCCGCCGUUCCAGCGAAGAGAGGACGUCAAGCGGAGAGGACGGAGCGGCAGAGUCUCAGAUGUACAGUUGUGAGACGGGGAGGCGAGGUGCAGGCGAUGGACCGGGGGGACGUCGACGCUGGUGAAGAACCGUGGGACGGGAAGGACGCUGGAGACGACUCUCACAAACGUGGCGGCGUUUGCCUCGGUCUGAGCUGGUCCUCGGACACCGGCAGGUGCGUGGACGCCUCCCCGGUGAUUCUGGUCCGGGGCGUCUCCGGCCAGCGAGCCAGAGCCACGGUGUUCGUCGGCUCCCACUCCCACCGGAUCCAGGCGUUGGACCUGCUCAGCGGGAGCCUUCUGUGGGAGCGGGUCCUCGGGGACAGGAUGGAGGCGUCGGCCGCCGUGUCUCGCUGCGGUGCCCUCGUUGUUGUCGGUUCCUACGACGGCGGGGUCUACUUCUUGUGCACUGAGUCCGGAGAGACGAAGUGGGUGUUUAAGACGGAGGACGCAGUAAAGAGCUCUCCUGGUGUGGAUCCCCUCACUGGCCUGGUGGUGGUGGGCUCACAUGAUGGACACGUUUACGCCCUGGACCCACAGGUUCGGCGGUGUGUCUGGAAGCGGCACUGCGGCGGCGGCGCUGUGUUUUCUUCUCCGCACCUUCAGCCGUCUCAUCGGCGGCUGUAUGUGGCGUCGCUGGGGGGACGCCUGCUGUGUCUCAGCCUGGACGGCGGGGACGUCCUGUGGUCCUACUGCAGAGACAAACCUUUCUUCUCCUCACCAAACUGCUUCUCUGGUCGCAUUGUGAUCGGCUCAGUGGACGGCAGCGUCUGCUGCCUCAGCGACGCCGGGGAACUGCUGUGGCAGUUCCUGACAGAGGCGCCGGUUUUCUGCUCCCCGAGCUUCAUACCAGGACAGCAGAGGCUUCUGUGCGGCUCACAUGACGGCCGGCUCUACUGUCUGAACUGCGGCGACGGCUCUUUAGUUUGGUCUUUUCAGACAUCGGGCAAGGUGUACUCCACUCCCUGUGUGUUUGAGGGCUCUGCCGUUGGCAGCAGGGGGGCUCUGGUGGGCCUGGCCUCCACAGACGGCACCGUCUGGAUCCUGGACGCACGAGACGGACGUGUUGUGGCGUCGCACGCGCUGCCCGGGGAGCUGUUUUCGUCGCCGGUCGUGUGGGAACAGUCUCUUGUGAUCGGGUGCCGUAAUGACUUUGUGUACUGUCUGAACCUGACUGCUGAUGCGUAGAGGUCAGGAUGUAUGUCUGCACUGAUUAUGGCAACUUUAUUUAUAAAGCUCUUCGCUUCAGCU